AUGUGGAACAUCCUCACCGACAAGGCCCCCUCCCCCGCAGACAACUCCAAGACGGAGUUGUCAGAGCUUGGGGCUUUGAAGCUGGAGCUGUUGGAGGAGUGGAGGAGUUUUCGCAUCGACCUUCUACGUGACGUUGCGCAGCUGAUGCAAGACCUGCAUUCGAAGGUGCCACAAGAGUCCUCGCUGGUUGCCUCGUUAUCAGAGGCCUCUCCAUCAGAGGAUGAGCCAAAGGACAAACCAUUCGAGGACAAGGCUGUGGAGCUACCCGGCAGUUGUCGGAGCACGAGCGAGAAUCUGUGGGAUGGCUUGUGGAGCAUCUUCGGUUUUCGGGAUCCUGGCGAAGAAGGCGAUUCUUGCACACAGGAUCUCACGGAACCUUCGACUGCGCGGGAGGCUGAGAUUCCGAUGGGCUGCCAAAGUGGAGCUUCAAAUGUCUCGGGAUCCUCGGCCAUUGGGUGGGAGCGGCUCUCUUCGCACGAGCGGCUGCAGAUCCUAAAGUUUCUGCCGGCUUUCGAGACCUGCAAGACUCGCGGUGUCUCGCGAGGCUUCGUAGAUACAAAGGACUUGGUUGCACAUCUGCAAAGCUUGGCGGACCUGGCCAGGACGGAUACUCUCUUGGCGUUUACGGCGAACAUGCGGCAGGAGUCAACGCUAACUUUGCCAGAGGAUGAGCCUUUGCUCAACGUCCACCUAGAUGAGAACAUGCUUGCGCGGCAAGACAGUUUCCGCUGCCUCUUGAAAUUCAGCGAUGUGUGGUUCCAGCAUGCCCCUCUAUCGAUGCACAUGAUGAUCAGGGAUCUGGCGGCGCUCGUGCGCUGGGAGGAGGCGGUUGAGCUGGACGAUCUGGAGGAUAUGACAUCGGCGGCAGAGAUGAAUCUUUUGCGCUGCGUCCUGGUGAAGAAAAAGGGCUUUCAGAUGUGGCUGGAGGCGCAAGGAAGGAUGGAAAACAACGCUGCGUGA